CCGGUGUCCGCGCCGGGGAGUACAGCGAGCGGCGAGUGCGCCGCCAUGACACUUUCCUUUUACGCUACGAACGCAUCGCUACAAGACGUCGUGUCGCCACAUUAUACACAAUUUUUGUAAAUCCAUUUAUUGAAUCCUAUAAUACAAGUUUUAACAAGAAUACCUGUGCCUCAUUGAAGAAUACUCAAGUUUCGAGCCGGAUCCUUGCCGCUUUGGGAAAUUAUUACGACAUUGCAAGACAAGGCGGAGGGUUAACGAGGAGUUCCACGGGCACAGGUUGACACGUGGCGCAUCACGAACAAGGCGAGACUCAUCUGGUGCUAGCUGGGACACAAUUGAGAAAAUCGCUGUGCUGUUCUGCUGUAUUCAACUAAGAACCCUUGAAGAGUUUCCAAGGAUGAAUCGAGAAAAAAAAAGCCAGGAAGGGUUUGCUGUGUGGUAUAAGUGAGUCCGUUCCAAUCAUUUAAAAUAGCGCUGUCAAUUAAUGCCUGGUACUGGCAAAAACCAUUUCCACUUUCUCAACAGAGAAAUAUCCACGUCCAAUAUUGCGUCAUCUAGUAUAACCUAGAUGAAUGUAAACGGUGCACAUGCACUGAUUUAAUUGUAAUAGUGUGCCGACUUAUUUCCAAGAACAUUUCAUUUCCAAAAAAUUUCACGUAGACAAUUUCCAUACAUCGCAAUCAUGUGCUAGUGAAUUUCCUUUUCAGAGGUCUGAUUUACUGUGUUGUGUCAGUUUGUGCCAAUGCAGUGCAAGCCAUUGUAAAUUUCUAACAGUUUUCAACAUUCCAGCGGAUCGGAGGGCGGUCAAGUCCACAGCGCGCGGCCUACGUGACUCGCGACGCACGCGUCAUACAUACCCACCCUCUCUGCUUCGCACAGUUUCUGCCGCUGCUUGCCUGCAAACACUUUCUUGCCUGCUAUAUCAAAAAUUUAAGUAUUGCACAACAUUAUUCUUUCACUAUACUCAAUUCAUCGCGGGUUAUGAUCAUUUGCUUUCAGCUGGGCUGUUUGAGACUGGUUUCAUUGCACUUAUUGACUUGUUUGCACAAUGGAUCUUAAAUCGUUAAAGAAAACCAGAGCUAGUCAUAAAGCAAAGCUUACCAUAUUUAAAUCAUACAUAGAAUCAUUUUUGCCUAAUAAACUUAUAAAUAAAGUACAAGUUCUCGAAACAACAGCUCGUCUAAACAAAAUAAUGGAAUUAUACAGUGAGUUUGAUGCUAAUCAAACGGACAUUGAAAGUCUUGUGGAAAUUCCAGGUGAAGAGCACAAGGAACGGGAGAUAUUUGAAACAAGCUACUUCGGCUGCGUGGCUGUUGCACAGGAGCUGUUGAGUGCUGCCUCUGCAGAGCAGGAGACCGGAUCGGUGACGGGUUCUAGUGACAGCGCUGGAAAGCCGGAAUUGCAGAUCCGAAAUAAAUGGCGCACAGAUAAGGGACAACCGCAGCCAGGAGAUAUGGUCCUCAUCAAGGACGACCGCCUGCCUCCCAACAGAUGGCUGCUGGGCCGUGUCACCACCGUCUACCCUGGCGCUGAUGGUGUCAACCGGGUGGCAGAUGUAGCAACAACUUCAGGAACUUUACGCAGAGCUUGGAAUAGACUCUGCCCACUACCAAUUACGUUGGACCAGGAUGCUGCUCCUGCUCCAAGGGGGCCAGCUUGUUAACGCAAGUGCCGUGCCAAAGGCCCGGUGUCCGCGCCGGGGAGUACAGCGAGCGGCGAGUGCGCCGCCAUGACACUUUCCUUUUACGCUACGAACGCAUCGCUACAAGACGUCGUGUCGCCACAUUAUACACAAUUUUUGUAAAUCCAUUUAUUGAAUCCUAUAAUACAAGUUUUAACAAGAA